AUGUCAGAACGAACCCUACUUGAAAGCUCAUUAAGGAGCUUGAAUCUUGCUCAUGAAGAUUCCUCUCUUCUCGAUAAAGCGCAUGAAAUUCUUCAACAGGUGAAUGCCAAGGAUCCUCACAACACCUUCAAACUUGGUGCCGCUUGCAAACCGUUAAUUUGCAUACAACUCGCUUGUGAAAGUUUAGACAUUACAUUCAACACCAAAAAUGCCUUAAAGCUCGCGCAAGUCAGCCGUAAGAAUUACGUCUCGCUCGUCGAGGCUCUAAAGUCAAAGCUCGACAUGGAAACCAAUCUUACGUUCGAGGUAUUGGGCAUAAAAUUCGGGUGCCAGCCGAUUGUUAAACAGGCGGAAAAAAUGUACGAAGAUUUUCUAGAGAACUGGGCGAAUUCGCUUUCGGCCGGGGAACGGGAAAAUAUUGAUUGGAAUAAAAAUAUUUAUAAAGUCGCCAUCUUUUAUUCAUGCUGUAGAGCGCUUCGGAUUCGUGUGUCCAAAAAUGAUCUACUUUCUUCUUUGAAUUCAUAUUCCUUCACUCCGGUAGAGCUUAAUCGUCUCAUCAAACUCGUUGAGGAACACUGCAAAUCGUUCAUCGAGGAUUUGUCUGCUCAAAAAAAAGGCAGUCCCAUCAAAAGUCCUUCAAAGAAAAAUACGAUGACGCCAACAAGAACCCUGCAAACCACGCCGACAACUCCACCUCCAACCCCAUCUCCAUCGAAAGAAAAGCGAAAACUGAAUAUAAGUUACAUAUCAAACGCAUCACCAACGCCUGCUCACGGAAAAAAGAAGCAAAAAUACAAUGAUGUAGAAAUAAUUAAUGAGGACAAAGAAAAUGGCGUGGAAUCGAUAGAUAAUUAUUCUGUUAAUGGAGACAUGAUUGACCCAUUAUCCACAAAAGCUCAAAAUAAGGAUUACAUGGAUUGGCGUCAGCAAAUAUUGGACAAGAUAAAUUCCAAUAACGGAAAGAAUCCUGUAAAUUAG